AUGUACCUUGCAUCACGCAAUACAGUAUCAGAUGGGAAAAUGUGGAGGUGUACUGUUUGCAAGCAAUAUCGUAGCAUUAGGCGAGACUCGUUUUUCGCGGGUUCACACCUACCAUUGACUUGUCUCCUCGAGUUGAUGUAUUACUGGGCGAUAAUUGAAUGUAAACAGAGUGUUGUGAUGGGUGAAGUUGGAAUUGGACCAGAGGCAAUUGUCAACUGGUACAAUUACUUCCGCGAUGUUUGUGCCAUAUGGUGUUUUGACCACCCUGUGCAACUUGGAGGAGAAGAUGUUGUUGUAGAGAUCGAUGAAUCCAAGUUCAUGCACAGGAAAUAUCAUCGUGGUACUUAUCGAGAAGGUCACUGGGUUUUAGGGAUGAUCGAGCGCUGUAGUCUGAGAUGUGUCUUAGUUCCUGUGCAGGACAGAAGUGCAGCAACAUUGUUGCCUAUUAUUACCCGCCAUGUAUUGCCAGGAACUAAGAUUAUCACAGAUUCAUGGCGAGCGUAUAACAGCCUACCCAACCAUUUGACUGUGAACCACAGUGUGAGCUUUGUGGAUCCCAACGAUGCCUCAAUCUACACAAACACCAUGGAAGGGAUGUGGAGUCACGUGAAAUCCAAUUAUCGGAAAAUGCAUGGAACGUCCGAUAAUUUGUUUUCAACAUAUUAG